GAAGAGAGAUGUUGCUCGUUGUGGAGAAAUAACAAUGUUGAGGCAACUCUCCUCUCUUUAUCCUCAUCGCAUGCUUCCAGUCUGGAAUUACAGGCGCAUUCUCUCUGGAUUUCAUGCCAACUGAAGGAUGUUCUGUUCUGACUGCGCUCCUGCCGUAUCCACAGCAAGGACUACAGGACUUUUCUAACUGUUUCCAGCUACUGAUCUAGACAGCCCAUGGAGUCCAACCCUGUGGUGGAUGGUCCACUCCACAUUUGUGCUUGGCAAUAGAGAGAGAGGCAAAGAGAUAGAAACAUUGGCAGCUGAUCAGCUCCAUGGUUUCUGACUUUACCGAGGCUGUGGUUUUUUUGGCAUCUGACAAAGAGAUGACCCAGGAACAGUGCCCUCAUAGGAACAAUGUCCAGAGCACUGAAAAACCGCAAGUGUAUAAAGUGGGGAUCUAUGGCUGGCGGAAACGUUGCCUUUACUUCUUUGUCCUCCUCCUCAUGAUCCUCAUUUUGGUCAACCUCGCUCUCACCAUCUGGAUCCUCAAAGUUAUGAACUUCACCAUUGAUGGCAUGGGUCACCUGCGUAUCACUGAGAGAGGCCUGAAAUUGGAGGGUGAUUCAGAAUUCCUUCAGCCGCUGUAUGCCAAAGAAAUCCAGUCAAGACCAGGCAGUCCAUUGUUUCUGCAAUCAUCAAAGAAUGUCUCUGUCAACAUCCUUAAUGAGAAGAAGCAAUUAGUUUCUCAACUUGUUGCAGGCUCUCGUGGAGUUCACGCACGGGGCAAAAUGUUGGAGGUAAAAUCAAGUUCAGGGAAACUGUUGUUCUCUGCUGAUGACCAUGAGGUGGUAGUUGGUGCAGAGAGAUUACGAGUUAUGGGAGCGGAGGGAGCCGUGUUCAGUAACUCCGUGGAGACACCACAUGUGAGGUCCGAGCCCUUUAAAGAGUUGCGGCUUGAGUCUCCCACACGUUCACUAUACAUGGAGGCCCCUAAAGGUGUGAAAAUAGAAGCUGACGCAGGUGAUUUCCAAGCAACCUGCAGGAGCGAUUUGCGCUUGGAGUCUAAGGACGGAGAGAUAAUCUUGGAUGCCAAGAAAAUCAAGCUCCUACGUCUGCCGGAGGGAAAAGCAUCCCCCUCUGGAACCAGACAGAUUGUCUUUGAGGUGUGUGUUUGCCCCAAUGGAAAACUGUUCUUAUCACAAGCAGGAACUGGCUCCACUUGCCAGAUCAGCAACAAUGUAUGCCUCUAAAUACUCACAAACUCACCUACACACGCACGCACUACAGUACAAUCAUACAUAAAGAGGACCUGUUCCUCUUGAAAAAUUUAAUCUUGACAAGAAGUUAAGGAUUUUCUCAAGAUUUAUAAAAACAUUUCGGCGUUUGCGCUGUUUGCAAAACAGUGUCUGAACCAGAAACUUUCGAGGUGAUCACCGGAACAUCAAGACAGUUGCCAUUCAGAUCCAUACCUUGCUUUUUCUCUUUCAGAAUAUAUACUUAUAUAUUUUUGCAGCCAUUUUACUGAAGAGAGUCCUGUGGAUGAUGUUUCUUCUAAAAGGAUAGUUCAACCAAAAAGUCAUUAUUUACUCACCCUCAUUUUCCAAAUGAUGUUUUCUUUCUAAAAAAAAAAAUCUCCUUUUGUGUUCAACAGAAGAUAGAAAGUUAAACAGGUUUGGAAAAACAUGAGUGUGAAUAAAAUAUGACAGAAUUUGUAUUUUCAGGUGAAUUAUCUCUUAAAAUAUGUUUAUUUAAUUUUUUUAAAAAAAUUUCUGAAGUCAGUGCUAUUGAUAACAUCACAUUUGUAUUAUUACUCCGUUCUGUUGUUGAACAUCUACAGCCAUCUUUCGCAACAAAUAACGAUCUGAUGUUUCAACGGGACACCUCCACAUGAUGACGAUCACCUGUUCCCAAACUGUGCUUGCACUGGGAUUGAACCCAUGCACCCACUCGUUUCAAAAAGGAGAACAACACCUGUGCCUUAAUUCAAUGCACUUGUGGCAAGAAGCACAUCCCACUGACUUUUAUUUACUAAAGGAGACUUACAUUCAUUUAAGCUUACUAUCCUUUUGCUGCCCCAAAUUCUACUUUUUUAAUUGCGCAAAAAUGUAGAGCAACCAGUUGUCCCCAAUGACCCCAGUUAAAAAUAGAUGAAUUCACUUGUUAUGUUGCUGAAAUCUUUUUUUUUUUUGUACUGUUUUUUUUUUUUUUUUUUUUUUUUUUGGGUUGGCACAAAUUGAAGAUACGUUGAGUUUGGUUGAAAUAUUUACUUUUUUGUGUGUAUUUGUGUGACAUUUUAGUUAUUUUUAAAUAUUUAUUUUCUUCUUUCUGUAUGACUGAAAACUUAAAUAGGAUACACAAACCAGAGACACACAAAACUAAAAGUUAACCUGUCAUUCUGUCAUAUGAAUUGAAACUUCACACUUCCCAAGAUUAAACAAAUAAUUUGUUUGCAUAUGUGACAAAUGUCAAAUGACUUUGAUUGUAAUUGAUUUAUUCAUCAAAUAAUUUAUAAAGUACAUAAUUGAUGAUUAUAACCACUUCUAUACUAAUAUCUAUUCUAAAACAUGUUUUAAAGGAAUAGUUCACCCAAAAAUGAAAAAGUUGUCAAUAUUUACUCACCCCCUUGUCGUUCAAACCCAGUAUUAUUUUAUUUGUUCUGUGAAACACAAAAGGAGAUCUAAUAACAACGCCAAGCUACAAAAAAGCACCAUAAAAGUGUCAUAAAAAUAUCAUAAUAGUAACAUAAAAGUAGUCCAUAUGACUUGCGCUAUAUUUAACAUGUUCUCAUUAUUAUGCGUAGGUAUUAUUACAUAAAGUUUGGUUCUAUCACACAUGCAAAUAUGUAUGUUUGCUUGGAAACAGACAUAGAUGUAUUGAUAGCAUCUAAAUCAUAAAAGACAGACAUUUUGAAAUUUUUUAGAAACGUACCUACAUUUACAAAUCCUUUUAAGUUCAAAGAAUUGGAAGUUUCGGAACAACUGUGACACCAUACACACAAAUCACGUGCCAAAGCUGGAGCACAUCCUGAAUUACUAUUUGAAAACUAGUACCAAACUAUUUGUUUUUUUGGGUGAAUUAUUCCAUAAAGUCAUCAAGCAAGAAAUGUUUUCUUUCUUUUUUUACAGGAAUACCCUUUAAAUAUUCUUGCUUCACUUCUGCAAAUAUCUGUAGAUUUGUGUCUUAUUUGUUUGCCAGAAUAAAAUAAAAAAUGACCAUUGUUUUUUAUGUAAAUCUCAACUCUCCCUAUGAGACUCAAAAUGACCCUAUGAAUUCUCCUGUUUAAUUGCAGUGAUUUCACACCCCGAUGGGUAAUAUCCAAGUAACGUCGCCAAAAAGAAUGAAAAAUGAAUGUGAUUCAUUUUCACUGUACCUCAUUAGCACUUGCUUACUAAAUUUGAAGCAAUGAGGAGUGACAGCUGUGAUCAGUGUGUUUAAAAGCUGACGCCCCUAGCAAUUGUUUACACCCUAUUAACAUACUAAAUGCUGUGGGUUGUGAAAGCAGACAAGAACACAGGGAAAUCUGUAGGGAAUGGACAGCAUCACAGAAGGGCGUAAUCAUAUUCAUUCUCUUUUGAUUUUUCAGGAGAAUUUGAAAUGUGAUUGUGUGAUGUGUGUGAUGUGCUUGAUUGCUAUUGUGUAGAACUCUUGCAUGAUACAGAGAAGAUGGAAGCCAAUGACAGAGAUGACAACCCAGUGUCUUUUUGUUUUUGUUUAAUCAGGCUAAAUGACCACAGAGAGCAAAAAAACAAAUAAAAAAAUAAAAAUGAUAUGUUCUAGUUUCACCUUACAUCCUAAUGUCACUUUUGUUUUAAACAAAUCUGUAAUUUUGUACACCUCCCUGUUUCGAAUAUCUCAACUAAAAGCAGGACUUUAGGAUUAAAAUGUGUGUUGUUUGAUGUGUGAAUUAUCUUGUUUGAUUAACUGAAUUUUUGUGCUAAAUAAAAGUUUUCUCUACAGCCAUUUUGAGUGUUCAGGACAAGAUUUAGCAUUUACUUUCCUCUCUUCUCCAAAAAGACAUGUUGCUUAACGCUGAUGUUGAUUCUCAAUGAUGUGUAUGUACAAUUUUGUACUAGGAGCACAAAAUGUUUAAUAUAUUUUUUGAUAAUAAAAAUACACAUAAGCUCUAGCAUAAUCUAGCUUUCAGUGUGUAACAGCUAUACUGGAUGAGUCUCCCAUAUGUAUACAUUUGUGUAAAUAAAAUUGGGGAUUUCAUUGCAUAUACAGCUAGUAUUACAAAACUAAAUACAUUGGGUUGAAUCUGGGGCUUAUUAUUAUUUUUAUUUAUUAUUAUUUUAAAUUGUUUUGGUUUGCCAACUUUUCAAAUUGUGUGUAGAAUUGUAUCUUCUAUUUAGUUUUUCUUGUCCAUUAUGCAGAAAUCCAGUGACAUUAAACAUUUUAACUUUUGUUUGACAUAUUUUGUGAAGACAUUUUUUUUUCUCCUUUUUUGUCUUUUUUAUGAUGGAAUACU